AUGUCGUCCUCGGAAGUAGACCAUUUGGUCUCGGAAAACAUUAAAGAGCACCAUGGAGAAAUCAUUUACGAUGCUAAUGGAUUCAUUAAAAAGAUUUAUCGAAAAGAUAGCCAAUUAAACAGAAAAAUUGUUGAUAGAUGGGGUGAAUCGUUUCAUUUUGCUCGGGCUUAUAAAGGAGAUACAUUUGAACAAUCCAUCAAACGUCACGAACAAUAUUUAGCCGUGAAGCUUGGAUUAAAUGAAAAACAAAGAGCUCUUGAUGUUGGAUGUGGUGUCGGGGGACCCCUUCGCGAAAUAGUGAGAUUAUCAGGUGCACACAUUACUGGCCUUAAUAAUAAUGGCUAUCAAGUCGAAAGAUGUAAAGCCUAUGCUAAAAAAUUAGGCUUAGAAAACAAGAGCGAUUAUAUCAAAGGUGAUUUUACUGCCAUUCCACGUGAGCUAUAUGGUAAAUUUGAUUCGGCUUAUGCGGUCGAAGCAACUGUUCAUUCACCUAAACUUGAAAUGGUUUAUGGCGAAGUAUUUCGUGCUCUUAAACCCGGUGGUCUUUUCGCUACUUACGAAUGGGUUACCACACCAAACUUUGACGAAAACAAUCCUGAACAUAAACGCAUCAUUCACGGUAUUGAGGAAGGUAAUUCUAUCCCUUCUUUGAGUUCUUAUAAACAAGCAAUUGAUGCGGCUAAACAUGUUGGUUUCGAAUUGAUUGAACAUGAGGAUAGGGCCAUCUUAUCUGAAUGUCAUGUACCUUGGUACAUGACUUUAAAGGGUGGUUUCUCUUUUUCAGGAUUCAGAAUGACUCGCAUAGGCAGAUGGACUACUCAUAAAUUUGUUUAUCUUCUUGAAUGUCUUCGCAUCGCUGCACCUGGUUCAACUGAUGUGGCCUGCUUCCUCAAUAAAACAGCAGAUGCUCUGGUUGAAGGUGGAGAAACAGAAAUUUUCACCCCGAUGUUCUUUAUGCUACUUAAAAAGCCUACAACAGCUUAA